AAUCCACGCAUUAUCGAGCACCCCAUGGAUAUGACCGUGCCAAAAAAUGAUCCUUUCACAUUUAAUUGCAAAGCCGAAGGUGAUCCAACGCCAUCCGUACAAUGGUUUAAAGAUGGUCAUGAAUUGAAAACUGAUACGGGUUCACAUCGGAUUAUGUUGCCAGCUGGCGGUUUGUUCUUUCUGAAGGUGAUACAUUCACGUCGGGAAAGCGACGCGGGCACGUACUGGUGUGUAGCAAAAAAUGAGUUCGGUGUGGCACGUUCGCGCAAUGCUACGCUACAAGUUGCAUUUCUACGCGAUGAAUUCCGCCUCGAACCGCAAAACACGCGCGUUGCACAAGGCGAAGUGGCGCUGAUGGAGUGCGGAGCGCCGCGUGGUUCACCGGAACCGCAGAUUUCAUGGCGUAAAAAUGGUCAAACAAUGAAUUUAAGCAGCAAUAAGCGUAUACGCAUUGUCGAUGGCGGUAAUCUGGCGAUACAGGAUGCGCGACAGUCGGACGAUGGGCGUUAUCAGUGUGUGGUGAAGAAUGUGGUGGGGACACGUGAAUCAGCAACAGCUUUUUUGAAAGUACAUGUGCGUCCAUUUCUCAUACGCGGCCCGCAAAAUCAAACCGCCGUCGUUGGCAGUUCGGUUAUCUUUCAGUGUCGCAUUGGCGGUGAUCCAUUGCCGGAUGUCCUGUGGCGACGCACCGCUUCAGGCGGAAAUAUGCCAUUACGUCGUGUGCACAUCCUUGAGGAUCGUAGCCUUAAACUGGAUGACGUUACGCUGGAAGAUAUGGGAGAGUACAGUUGUGAAGCGGAUAAUGCGGUCGGUUCAAUUACAGCCACGGGCACAUUAACCGUACACGCACCACCAAAGUUCAUCAUACGCCCCAAAAAUCAACUCGUCGAAAUCGGUGAUGAAGUGCUCUUCGAAUGUCAAGCCAGCGGCUAUCCAAAACCCACACUCUAUUGGUCGGUCGAAGGUAAUAGCUCGUUGCUCUUUCCUGGCUACAAGGAUGGACGCAUUGAGGUGACGUUAACGCCUGAAAGCCGUUCCGUGCUUUCGAUAUUGCGUUUUGCGCGUGAAGACUCGGGUAAAGUGGUCGUUUGUAAUGCAUUAAAUGCGGUUGGCAGCGUCAGCAGUCGUACCGUUGUUACCGUGGACACACAAUUUGAGCUGCCACCGCCAAUUAUUGAGUUGGGUCCUGUCAAUCAGACACUGCCAGUUAAAUCGAUCGUAACGCUACCAUGUCGCACUAGCGGCACACCAACACCGCAAGUCUCUUGGUACUUGGAUGGCAUACCAAUCGAUGUGAACGAGCACGAGCGGCGAAAUCUCUCCGAAACGGGUACACUCACCAUAGCGGAUUUGCAACGGAAUGAGGAUGAGGGCUUGUACACUUGUGUGGCCAGUAAUCGGAAUGGUAAAUCCUCGUGGAGUGGCUACCUGCGCUUGGAUACUCCAACUAAUCCGAAUAUCAAAUUUUAUCGCGCACCCGAGCUUUCUACGCAUCCGGGACCGCCGGGCAAACCGCAGGUAGCAGAAAAGACCGAAGGUACAGUGACGUUGACGUGGACGCGCAGUAAUAAGGUCGGCGCAUCCAGCUUGGUGGGCUACAUCGUUGAAAUGUUCGGUAAGAACGAGACGGACGGUUGGGUGGCUGUUGGAGCGCGCAUACAAAAUACGACCUUCAUGCAAGUGGGCCUCGUGCCGGGUGUGAAUUACUUUUUUGUGAUACGUGCCGAAAAUUCGCACGGCUUAUCGCUGCCUAGUCCGAUGUCGGAGCCGAUCAAUGUUGGCAUGCGUUUCUUUAACAGCGGCUUGGAUUUGAGUGAGGCGCGCGCUAGCUUAUUGUCUGGCGACGUGGUGGAACUAAUUAACGCGAGCAUCGUAGACUCGACAAGCAUGAAAUUGACGUGGCAGAUAAUCAACGGCAAAUACGUGGAAGGCUUUUACAUCUACGCGCGUCAAUUGCCAAAUCCACCAACCACCACAGCCACCAGCAGCGCGAUUGCAAAUCCAUUGCUGGAAUCACGUAGCGGCAGCUCGUCGUCGUUGUCAGCAGCUGACGCUGCGACGGCCGCAUUUAUUUCUGUGAAACCAAAUAUUGCCGCUGCCAGACGUGAUGCGGUCGCCAAUAAUGCUGCCACCUUCACCACCGACUUUGGUGCCGCAACAUCAAGCAGCACCACAUAUCGCAUGCUAACGAUCCUGAACGGCGGUGGCGCCUCAUCCUGCACACUAACUGGCCUACUGCAAUAUACGCUCUAUGAAUUUUUUAUUGUACCCUUUUAUAAGUCCGUCGAGGGAAGACCGUCGAACUCACGUAUUGCGCGCACUUUGGAGGAUGUUAUAAACGACACACCUUUUGGAAUGGAAGCAGUGCUGUUGAAUUCUUCUGCAGUCUUCCUGAAAUGGCGAGCACCUGCAAUGAAGCCUCAACAUGGCAUUCUACUUUUCUAUCACGUAAUUGUGCGCGGCAUUGAUACCGCACACAACUUCUCACGCAUUCUCACGAAUGUGACCAUUGACUCUGCCUCGCCAACGUUGGUACUGGCCAAUUUAACGGAGGGCGUUAUGUAUACUGUAAGUGUGGCGGCAGGCAAUAAUGCGGGUAUCGGACCUUAUUGCUCACCGGCGACAUUGCGACUGGAUCCAGUGACCAAGCGUUUGGAUCCGUUCAUAAAUCAGCGCUAUCCCAUCAAUCAGGAUCACGUCGAUGAUGUGCUCACCCAACCUUGGUUCAUCAUUCUGCUCGGCGCCUUUUUGGCCAUGAUGAUGCUCUCACUCGGCGCCAUGGUAUUUAUUAAACGCAAGCAUAUGCUGAUGAAGCAAUCCGCUUUGAAUACGAUCAGAGGCGCUCACCCAAACGAUGUGCUCAAAAUGCCUAGUCUGUCGCGCAAUGGCAAUGGCUAUUGGUUGGACUCAUCAUCUGGUGGCAUGGUAUGGCGCACUUCACCUUCUGGCGAUACGUUGGACCUGCAAAAAGAUCAAAUCGCCGACUAUGCACCUGUAUGCCUAACAAACGGCACUGUUGGUGUGAAUGGUGGGGAGGGCGGUGCUGGUAGCGGCGCUGGCGAACGCAAUCAACAAAGAUAUGUCGGCGAGUACUCCAACAUUCCCACUGACUAUGCGGAAGUAUCAAGUUUUGGCAAAGCACCCAGCGAAUAUGGCUGUGGUGGCGUGCAACGCCAUGAAUCUAGCUCACCAGCACCCUACGCCACAUCGGCCAUACUGAAUGGCAGCAGCGGCAGUGGUCAGCAGCAGCCACGUUAUCAGCAACGACCAGGCGACUUCCGUAUGCAGCAGCAACAGCAACAGCAACAAUUCCAACAGCCACAUCAAAGACCUAUGCAUCCACACUAUCACCAACAACAGCAGCAACAACCACAACAACAGCAGUCGCAUCAUCAUCCGCAGCAACACUCUGUGGGCAAUAUUUACCAGCCCAUGUCGGUGACCAGCGAAAUCUAUCCAAGCAACACUGGCAGCCGUUCCGCCUAUUCGGAGCAAUAUUACUAUGCCAAGGAGAAGAUACAUAUCACGGAGAACAAGUUGAGCAGCUGUCACACCUAUGAAACGGCAGGUGAACAUCAAAAGCAGCAACAACAACAACAAUUGCAAUUGCAACCUAUACAACAGCAAUUUGCCAGCGUUGGCACGCUACGUCGCCAGUUGAAUGGCGCGCAUGGCGUGGGUGGCGGCAGUGGGCGCUUUAAAGUUAUCAUGCAGCAACAGCAGCAGCAACAACAACAACAACAGGCAGCACAGCAUAGUCCUAGCAUGUGCGCUGAGAAGUUGCAAUUACAGAAGUUGAAUGCUUUAAACAACAACAACCACAACCAUAAUGGCAACAGCAAUGGCAAUGAAAGCGGCACCACUGAGCUUUCGAAAAAUUUGCUCGACUUAGACGCCGGCUCGUUCUGUUACAAUGGGCUCGCGGACUCUGGCUGUGGCGGUUCGCCCUCUCCCAUGGCCAUGCUGAUGUCGCAUGAGGAUGACCAGGCGCUCUAUCACACGGCUGACGGUGAGUUGGAUGGUGAUAUGGAGCGUUUGUAUGUGAAAGUCGACGAGGAGCCACAGCAGCAACAACAGCAAUCACAAUUGAGCGUGCAACAGCAUCAUCAUCAGCAACAAAAACAGCAACAACCACAACACAUAAUGCCUUUACCGCCACCAAAUCAAGUGCAUCCUAGCGUAGCCAUAACAGUCAGCGCGAACAGUGGCAAUAAUUGGCGCACACAAUCACAGCAACAGCAGCAACCCUUCGUGCGCGCCUCCUAUCGCGCCGGCAGCGGCAGUAAUAACCUAAUGAUGACCAGCAGUAGCAGCAGCGCGGCCAAGAGCAAUACCAGCAGCAUUGGCGGCAGUAGCUCACUCAGCUCAUGUUCAGAGAGCGCUGAGGAGCGGCAGCAACAACAACAUAAAAUGUUGCAAAAUGGUGAUUGUGAAUUGAUUUAUGCGCCCAGCAGCGUGGCGAGUGAACGCAGUUUGCUGAGCAGCGGUAGCGGCAGCGGCAGCGGUUGUGGCAGUGGUGGUAGCAUGUCGGCUCAUCCGCAAGGGCCGCUUGUGUGACCGGUAGAACAGUGUGUUAUUGUAGGCGGUAGUGUAGCGUGUGGCGCGUUGAAGAGUAUGGGCUUAACAACUUAUGGUGUUAUGGGGUUAGGAGAUGAGAGCGCAUGUGAUGAGGCAGCGCAGGUGGAUUAUUAUACGCGCGAAGUGCAGGAAUUGUUGGCGUGGUGUGAACGCGUAAACAAAGGACAGCUGGAGCCGAGUGAGUGAGGGGAGUGCAGGAGAGUAGUAGAGAGGGAGUGUGAAUAAAUAUAAAAAUGAACGAAAAUAUAUAAAUUUAUAACACAUAGUAGCUACAUAUAUACGAACGCAUACAAAGUUAGCAGAGCGGUGUCUGAGGCGUCCGUAGGAGACUCAUAUUUGAAGAAGUAGAAGUAUUUUUGACUUUUCACAGUUCUUUUUCACUUUUAAGCAUAAUACGCUGCUCGCAUUUCACGUGAAAUUAGCUGUCAAAACUGAACUUCAUAAUAACUCUACGAGAAAUUUAUACUUUGUGCAGGUUCAGGUUCAGGAAAAAGUUCGCAACAUGCUGCCAACAUGAUGCCAGCAACAUUUUUUCACUGCUCUUAAAAUUGUAUUUGCUGUUUAAAAUUUUGCGACAAGUGACAAUGCAUAGAAUUUAAAAAUUGUGUUCAAAAUGAAAUUAGCAAAAAUUUUAAAGCUGUGCUUUAAACCUAAGCUCGUUUGGUAUUUUUAAUUUUGGUAAAAAUUUACUAAUUCACAAUGUAAAAAUUAAAAAAAAAAUUAAUUCUAUAUUAUUGCCACAAUUCUUUGCUUUAAUAGUGAAGUGCGUUAAUAAUGGAAAUAGCCGAAACUUAACUAAGGGGAAUAAGGCUUGCAAUUAGCUUCCUGCUAUAACGAUUUAUUCCUUCUUUUUCUUUUUUGUAAAUAAAAAAUAAACAAAAGUGUGAAAGUCAGACAUUUGUUUUCUCCGAGAAAUAAAGGGUUUUUCAAUAAGAGCGGGUAGAUGUUGAAAUGGAAUGAAAUGGCGUUUGCUGUGUGGCACGUAGCGCCGUCCUGCUGGAACCACAUGUCGUCUAGGUCAAUAUGGUUCAAUAUGUAAUAAGCAACUGAAUAAUAAACAAAAGAUUUGACAGAUAUCACCAAAACAAAAUGGCUGCCACAGAGCGUCAAAAUCGACCCGCGCCAAUUAAAAACCCCUAUAUAUCUAUCAGGGCAGAUAGAAAGAUUGAAAGGUCUAACGCAUAGGUAACAAGCAACCAUAUGCACCAGCCUUACCUAAAGUUGAUUUUUAUGUCCUCACGAAAUGUUGCGUAAUAUUUGUGCCUACAAUAUUUGUAACAGCAACAUUUUCAACUGCAACAUUUGUAUCUAUAACAUUCGUAUAUACAACAUGUUGCCAACAGUUUUAACAGCACACAUUUUUUUCUGCAUGCUGCUGAAAUUGCAUUCGUGGGUGACGAAUAUUGAUUCGGGUAGUUUCGGUCACAUAAAUCCAACUAUCGGGCAAUGGCGGUGAUAACAUCAGUGUAAACGCUGCAGCCAGAGAAUGUUAAUGGGAUCCAUCUAUAUUCUCUGCUGCUGCUAACUACUGCCAACAGUGCCUUCACUGGUGUUAAGAGUGUUGGCACAUUAUUAACUUAACAUAAACUUCCUCUUACAUAAAUGUAAAGCUGAAAAACCAUAUUUGUUGCUUUUAACAGGAAGAGAGGAGAUUGUAAAUCAUUUCUUAAGCGCCUGUAUGAAAAACUGUGCAUGGAACUUGCAGUCACUUAAUUUCUUCAUUUCAUUGCGACAAUGAAAGGAUUUUCUUUUUGAUUUUUUAAGGAAGUUCACAAAUAUUAUUUAUAUUUUUCGAAAAACAUUUAAGAUUUCAAAAUAGUAAAAAAGCUAAACAUAAAAAAUAAAUUUAAGCGAAAGCUGUAAUUAAAAUUUAUAAAAUUUGCAGAACUUUGCAAAACAAAAAAGUUUACAAUUCUUAUGCAAUUUUUCAUGUGCAUCCAGCAAGACCAAAGGACACCUUAAGACACUCGCUUAUCUGAUACAUGCAACUAACUAAUAUUUGAUCCACACUUCUUUCCUUUUCGAAUCAAAUAAAACGCGUUCAAAGACUGAAUCAAUGCUGCAACUAAAAAUGCUUGCAGUAAAGGAAAAUCUAACAACACAAAACAAAAACAAAAAAAGCAUAUAGGUACUUUAAUAAACAAGAGAGAACUAUUUUCUAGUGAUUGUUGUUGUUGUCCUAAUGAAAUAAAAACACAAACCCAAACAAACAAACACACAAAUGUGCUCUAAAUAAUAAAUUAGAGAGCAACAGCUACAAAAACACGUGCAAAGGCACACACGCCUACAUACAUAUACAUAAAGUAAAUAUUAAAUAUUUGAUUGAAUGGAAUCUCGAAGGCGGAUUACUGUAAGAUAGGCUGUUAUUGAUGUGAAAUAUGCAUACGAGUAUACCUACAUACAAAAAUGUAAAAUAAAAACUAUUUCAAAGAGAGCGAAAUAUUAUGAAAUGAUGCUUCUGAGCAAACAUAGGCAUACAUAUUUACUUACUCGGUGUAAUGAAAACUGUAAAUGAAAUGAAAUAUGCAAAAAUAAUUUAAUUAAAAAAGUAAUAGAAUAGCAACUCGUUUUUUGCUACUGCAGCUAACGGAAGUGUGAAGUAUUUAUAAUAUAGAAACUGGUUGAAACUAAGAAAAAAAAUAAGUCAGAUUAAUUAUAGGUGUCUUUUUUUUAAUAUUUCUAAAAUUUAAUAUAGUAAAUUUAUAAAUUAAGCAAUACUUGUAAAUAAAAAAUCCUAUUAACUUAAAUGUAGUACUAUAUGCAGAUACAGUAGGGUGGCUCAAUUUGUGUGGAAUCAUUUUUCUCGAUAUCAUUCCUAGCAGAUUCGAGAUCUAAAUAGAAUCCUAAGAAGAAGAAAAGUCCAUUAUAGCAUAGCUACAAAGUCAAUUUCGAGUUUCUUAAAUAUAAAAGAAGCUAUAUUUAAUUAGUGCCAUAAUUGAAGGGAGAGUGAAGAAGGAGGAGAGUAGAAAAAGUGCACCUCCUGUUGAAAGUAAAAAGGAUUUAAAACGAAAAUUAUUAUAAAUAUGUUGCUAAUUAUAAAAAAAUAUUAUUAAACAAAAUAUUUUUUUUGAAAAAACAGAUACUUUUUCAAAUAUUGGAAAAUUUUAUCAUUUUUAAUUUUUAUGCAACUCUUAGUAAUACUAAUUUUAGUAUCUGUAGUGUGCGCAAUGGCCGACCUAAAAGAUCUUUUGUGUCCUUGGAUACCGUCUAGAAGUAGUUCUCGUACUAUUACAGGCACUACUAUCACUAAAUUUAUUACAUCAAGUGCUAUUUAAUUGCUACAGGACCUACUUUGAUUUAGGUACAAAAAGAGGUUGUCUGUAAAGUCGGUUUACUGACGAUAGUUUAACGUGACAACGUCAUAAGAAAAUACUGAUGGAAUGGUUGCAUUUUUCAAAAGAAAAUUUAAAUUUUAUUUGUUUGAUAGAUAUUUUGUAUGGAUAUAGAGGAAGAGGUAAAUGGAAUCGCAAUGGAAUAGGUCAAGUUACAUUUACACAAACGUGAAAAAUGACGAAACAUUUAUCAAAUUUAUGAAAGAUAUGUUCAAUUUCGAUUGUGCAUCAGACGUUAAUAAGUCAACAGCACUCAGAGGCAGCAUCAUCGAUUUGCCUUUCUCAAGACACAUUACACUCGAAACACUCGCUUUCAUUUCCUACUUUUCCUAUCAUCGUCCUAUUUUCAACAGAGAAAUGGUUCAUUACCAUGCACACAGGAAGAAGGCAUAUGCAAAUACAAGUAUGUGAAUUUAUAUACAAAUGCGCAUAUACAUACAUAUAGGUAUAUGCUCACUUAAGUAGGAGAGAGCCAGAUAUCGAACGUUGCCGAACCCGGGGGCCGAUUGUGCUCUUUGUCGUCCGUUCCGUGCUCUCGCUUGCAGUUCAUGCAGGGUAACGACGAUUCAACAAGAUAACGAAUGAGCAAGAUAACUACGAUUGAGCAAGGUAACGACACAUUUUUUCAUGCGUGCAGCCGGCUAAAUCGAAUUAUAAGACGUUAUCACGUCAAAAAAAUUAUAUUGCCACUUUUCCUAUUACGAUUUAAAAAAAAUUGUAUAAACCUAAUUCUCUUUUACACGAUAGAUACGUUCAUGUAAAAAGAGAAUUAGGGAAAAACAAUAUUAGCACUUUGAGUGCCAACGGGGUUUUCAGAAAAAUGUCCAAAAAAAAUUUUUUUUAGGUUUUAUUGAAUAGGAUAUUUAAGAAGUUAAAAUUUUUUAUUUAUUUCAAUGCAUUUUUGCGCAAAAUAAAAGGAUGAAAGUAGUCACCAGUGACUUUUAUCAGUCACCGGUGACUGACACGGCUCCAUUGGAACAGUUCAGUGUCAAUCACCGGUGACUGACAAAGCGGUCAAAGUUUUAUCAUAUUUCGUGCUUGCACAUUUGAAAUCAUUAAAUAUAUUGCAAGAAAUAAAUUAUUAAACGUCUAAGUGACGAACCAAUAAAACACGACAACUUGAGCUUUACCCGUUUAUUCAUCGACUAACUCUUAUAAAAGAAAUGGCUGCACCUAGUGUUGCCAAUCAUUAUGCAAAUGUUUACAAACAACAAGCGACAACAAUCUACCGAUUCUCAGAGACUUUUCCUGAGACUAAUUUAAACGCUUCGUACAUGCGUCGAAAAACCGCACCUUAUUUGGAAAAUCCUAUUAAAACAAAACAAUUCGUUAAAAAGAUUUUUUGCUUUUUAACUCGUAUAAAAAAAAUCGUGUAUGUUUAACUAAAUUUUUAGUACAAAAAAUCUCGAAUUACAAGUUUCUAUUACAAUAAAAUACCAUUCAUAAUACUUUGGUAAAAAUGAAUCCUCACAUUCAUUUCUUUAAUACUUAAUUGAAGCUUCGUUUUAAUUAAAAACAGCUUUGGGUAGCUCGAAAUCGAAUUUGCUGUUAUGCUCUAGUGGACUGUUUUUCUUAAGAAUUUAUGUGGAACGCGAACCUGCUAGAAACAAUGUGAGAAAGAAAAUUGAGCCGCCCUAACAUACAGAUAUUUAUAAUUAUACAGGCACAUAUACAUAUAAAGUAAAAUAAAAUUGUGUGCAUGAACAUUCGUGAGCUUAAAGUGUGUAUGCAUGUGUGUAGGUGUGUAUGAAAUGUGGAAUUCAAAAUAAGAUAAACAAAAACUAAACUUGCAAAAUAAACUAGAAUUUAUAGAAAUCUAUUUUAAUUACAUUAUGUGCCCUCACUCGCCAUGCCAGCUGCCGUAGCCGAGUGUUUAUGGCGUAGCAUAGCAGAUUCCACGCCUGAUUCUAACGUCAAAGUUGCUCUUUUAAGAGUCUGCGCUCGGCAGACGCUGAUAAACUUUCGAAUACCUUUCCGCCUUGGGACAAAUGCCUGCCUUUAGCAUACUUAUAGCUGUAGGCAACUCAAUUUGUAGAGCGAAAAUGUCUUUUGCGCCCAACAAAUUGCAGCAGAAGUGCCGCCUAAACCUGCCAAGGCUGUACAUACUCAUCAAUACCUAUAAGUGUAUGCAUGUAUGUGUAGGUACGAAAUCCCUAAAAUAUCAUUGCAUUAAUUGUUAAGUAAAAACAAGUACAGAAUUGGAAUGUAUGUACAUAUGUAUGUAUAUCUGUGUAAUAACAGCAAUAAUAUUGUAAUACUAAUUUAGCAAAAAAGAAAUGGUACGUUGUAAAUUUCCAAAUUCAACUCUCGCAUUACAGCAGUCGGGGGGGGCGGGUGCAUGUACUAAAUAACGCACCACAACCCGCUCAACCCCUGCGCAUCUAUACGAGUAUUUUAGUCCAGUAUGCGUGUGCGCAGCUUUAGUAUGUGUGCAUGUGCAAAUUCUCUGACAUACUCCAUGCGAAUACACGUAUUUUUCGCAUUAGAAUUCAUUAAAUUUUAAAUAAUUUUAUUUUUUAUUAUUUGUUUUGUUUUUCUUUUGUUGUCGUUAAUUUUACACCGUCUCGCCAAAAGGAUUUUAUUGCUUAAGCUUAUUGUUAUGCGACUGUAAAUUAUUUGCUUUAUUAUCAAUAACUAAUUUUACUACUUCCGUAUGUGCUAAGUAAUCUAUGUAAAUGUGUGCACUGUUAUUUGAUUUGCUCUCAAAUAUAAGUAGCAAAAACAAAAAAGAGAAAUGUAAUAAUAAGUACCUUUACGCUUAGUUUAGUGCUUAGUCUAAGCAUUAGAGCAUUAAUUGUAAUUACUGUGGCGCGUAUGGUGGUCGCUAGCAGUUUCUGCAUACAUACAAGCAACAAACAAACGCACACACAAACAUACACACAAUACAAAUUAAUUUAGUUAUAUAUCUAGUGUUGUUAUUCUAGUGCUAUCGGCCUCACAUUUACAGAUACAAAUACAUAUAUAUAUAUAAAUAUGUAUGUGUGUAUGUGUAUUUAGUUAUUAUGACAAAAUUAUGUAAUAUAUCAUAAGUGUAUGUAUGUAUUUAUCGAUAAACGUAUUUGGUAAUUGCCUCUUUAUGCAAAUGGUCGUACUGCCACAAAUUCAGCCACUACUAUGCGCAUAUGUAAAAUAUAGCCACACACUAACAGAUGUGUGCUGGGAUUUAGCAAUUAGUAUGAAUAAAUGCCAUAACUA